GACGUCUUCCUCCAGGAUCACAUGACAACGAGACAAAAGGCUCCUCAGCGCUUGCUCAGUUCCCAGCAGGAGGCUGCAAUCAGGAUGCUCUUUACCCGUCCACUGCAACAAGUUCUAGAGGAGGAAAAUGGAGAGAAACUGCAAGAUCUGACACCGCAUCACUCCAAGUUCUUCCUGUAGGAUGACAAGAUGCAGAGUUUAUGACUCGACCAGCGCCUCCAGACGAAGAGCUUUCUUCUGGCAGCUCCUCCUGUUCUCAUCCAGCUCCUCCCUCAGUCUGUUGGGCUGAAGUCAUGAGGACAAGUGAGUUUGACUCUUCAUCUGAAGAUGAGGAGGUUGGAGAGGAGCAGCUGACUCCCUUCCACAUCUCCUGGUUACCUCUGUCCAUAGUGGAGUGCUCGCAGUUUCUUGGGAUAUGUGCACUACCAGGUUGCAAAUUCAAAGAUAUCCGCAGGAGUCUGGAAAGAGACGUUGAGGAGCUCCAGAACCAGGGGGUGCAGGAGGUGUUUGUUUUCUGCACCAGAGGAGAACUUAACAAGUACAGGGUUCCCUCCCUGCUAGAGGUCUACCAGCAGCGAGGCUUCACAGUUCACCACAUGCCCUUCCCAGACGGAGGCGCUCCUGAGCUGGAGCACUGCUGCCAGAUCCUCGAGGAGCUGCAGGUCAGCCUCAAGAACAGCAGGAGGACUGUGAUCCACUGUUACGGAGGCCUGGGACGCUCUGGAUUAAUCGCUGCCUGUCUGCUGCUUCAGCUCUCUCUAACAAUGACGGCAAACAAAGCAAUCGAAAUCCUCAGGGAGCACAGAGGAGGAGGAGCGAUACAAACUGUGAAGCAAUACAACUUCCUCCAUGAGUUUCGGGAAAGGUACACAGCCUACCAAGAGAGCAGAGAGCUUUCCACAGAGCGCUCGGUGUCUCGGUGAUCACUGCUCUUCUCUUCAAAUCAUCGAUCUCUUCAAACUCUCAUUUGUCAGCGAUUCCUUUCUGAUUGUGUGUGUGAUAUAAUUGUAUUCUCGAAUGAUUGCACUUUAACAGAAUACUCUAAUAUAUUGCUUUUUUCACCCUCAUUAUAAUCAAAUUAAAGACUUGAUGAGGAAAUCCUGCUGGGGGUUUAUUUGUAAGUUUAAAAUAUUUUGUUUGCACUCAAAUCACAUUUAAAAUAAUGGAGGUUUUUGUUAUGAAUGUUGAGGAUGUUAACCGAGAAACGGUCUUCUGCUGUAUCUCUACUAUAUUUCGAAUUUCUCUAAAUCUGUAACACCGCAAACAAGUACUUUCUUGCUCCAUAUAAUUUCUAGUAUAUACCAUCUUUUACAUACUGUCGCAUGCUUUGUUCAGGUCUGCAUUUUGGCUACUUAAUUCCUUGUGGUUGAUACCAAAAAGUCAAGACAAGUAACCUAGUUUCGUUGCAUCCUGAGAAAACCCUGAUGUUUGUGUUGAGUAGCUGUUAUCAGGAAUUCGUAGAACAUAAAGUAAAAAGUAGUUCUGUUGUGUCUAAUUUUGACCAUAGUCAUGAUUUAAUUUAAAAUGUAUAGUUGUUCUCUGAUCUUAAUUAGACCUACACCAAGAAAAGUCUUUUCAAGUGUUUUGCCUACAUGUGGGACAUGGGAUCAUGACGUCCAUGAGAUAAAACCUUAUCCCUAAAUGUUUAACAAGAGCCUGCAGCCACGCUAGCAGCUCUGUGAGGCUGUACUUACGCACAGUGGUGCUUUGAGCUAAAUGCUAAAAGUAUGCUAACAUGCUCACAAUGACAAUGCUAACAAGCACGUGAUAAGAAGGCAUAACGUUCCAUGUUCACCAUCUUAGUUUGGUGUGUUAGCAUGCUAAAAUUUUCUAAUUAGCACUAAACACAAAUUACAACUGAGUCUGAUGGGAAUGUCAUUUGUUUUGGACAAACUGAAAUUUGAUUCUGAUGAUGGUGAUAGAUCAAAAGUAAGGAGAUUACCAAAGUCAUUCGUCUGUACCAAAUUUCAUGGCAGUCCAUCCAAUAAUUGCCCGGAUAUUUCAGUCUGAACCAAAGUGGUGGACUGACAUUGCCAUACCCAGAGCCACGCCGCUAGCACGGCUAAUAAAAAUAUGUAUUUUUUGCCUGCUCAUGAUCUCAUUUCUUGAGUUAAAACAAUAUUCCAGUAUAUAACAGAGUGGGAUAGUUUUAUUUAGAUUCAAAUAAACUCAAGUUUUCAUUUCCUAGACGUGACAUGAUUGGAUCUAAUACAUAAAAAUGUAAUUUCAUCUGUGACAAAUGAUCAUCCCUUUCCCUGACAGAUUUACACAUUUGAAAAUGGCAAUAAAUACUCUAGUAUUUAUGAAAAAUUUAGUCUAAUGGCCUCAACUCUAAACAAAAACAUAAUGUUCCAGAUUUGAUUCUGGAAAUGACCCAACACUGCGAGGAGUGCUUGAUAUUCUGGAGACAUAAAAAGUCAAUUUAAAAACAUUAAAUAAAUAAACACUGGAGUUCCUAACGCUGUGGAAUAUUUGCUGUUGAAAUUAACAAAAUGCACAAUGACAAAAACAGUUAAGGAAUUUCAAAAGGUACAAUCAGCAGCAUGGCACAUCAGCACUUUCCUACCAAAGCUCAAAUGCAGAAAGCAGAGAAUAACAAAGUACUUGUUGCUUCCUAAUGCUGAAUAUAUUAUUGUACUGUUGAGUCUACCUUUUCAUUUAUGAUAGUUGCAAGGAUAACUCUACAGAAAUACAGGUCACAUACACAUUGCUGCCCUCACACUUAAAAAAAAACAAAUAUUGCCAUUGAUUUUAACAGGGAUUACAUUAUUUAAAUCUGAUGAUAAAUAGGUCUGAAGUAUGGAAACAAUACAUCAGGUGGUUGGAAAACUGAUGUUGA